AUGGUAUCGAAUACACUCUCGCCCAAUGAGGAGCUUCGAGGAUCCAAGUAUCUAGAUGCUCUACUGAACUCCCAUGAGGCCCGCCAUGAAGCCCGCCGAAAAGACCCCGAUACAAGCGUCAUUCCAUGUUUCACCGAAGAGAACUCUUUUUUAUUUCGGCCUCAAAUCUACAUACCCAUCCUUGUUCUGAUUUAUACUGUCAUCUUGCUUGCCGCCUGGUGGAUUCUAUGCCUCCUAAGUAACGACAGACUUAGACCUAUCCCUAGCAGCCGCGGACAUUCUUACGACAGCCGUGAGCCUGCUGCCUAUGAAUUUUCUGAUACCAUUGUGCGCUGGUGCCGAGCCGCGCUGGUGCUUUGGAGUAUUACCGGGGUGGUGAAACUUCCUUUAACUUCGGCUGUAUGUGGCUUAUGA